AUGUUAAUAAAAUGUAUAAUAGUAAUAGAUGUAGUAUUAGGAUUUAUUAGGAAUCCUGGAAGUUAUUAUAUGAAGAGAAAACUAAUUUACUCUCAUCAAGAGGAAGAACCUUACAGAUUUGUUGACGGUUUUAGACUAGUUUUACCAUACAGUAAUGUUUACAAGACGUUUGUGAAGGAGCGGUGGAUGGGGAAACCCCUUCGCAAGGUGUUAAAGGACGAAUUUUCAGCGUUUACGCCAGAUUACAUUGAUUUUGCCAUUAAUAAAAACAACAUCAAAAUCAUUUUACAGAAUGGCGAGGAGUUGGAUAAUUCCUCUGAAAAUGUGUUAGACCAUAUUUUAAAGCCAAAUGAACGCAUUUUACAUGAGGCAAUUGUCCAUGAGCCAGUUGCGCUAAACUCUAAGGUUCCUGUUGUAUAUGAGGAUGACCAGUAUAUAGUAGUGUCAAAACCAACUAGUAUUCCUGUUUACCAAACGGGUACAUACAACUACAACUCCUUGAUGGAGAUUAUGAAGCGCGAAAUACCUUCCUGUCGUGACCUUAAACUGUUUACAGUUCACAGAAUUGAUAGGCUAGUUUCAGGACUAGUUGCUUUUGCCAAGAGCUCCCAGGACGCCUCUAAUCUAUCGCAAGCUAUCAGAGAUAAUGAGGUCAAAAAGGUAUAUAUCGCAAGAGUUAAGGGUGAUUUUUCAUAUCUAAUCAAUACAUCAAAUUCUGAUAAUAAAGAAAGUGACGGUGAUGCGGAUAACUCCUUAGAAAAUGUUUUUGAAAGCAUAGGAUACAUGAGAGUAAUUAGUAAAAAAGAGGGGAAAUAUGAGUUUGUGGGUGAGAAUGAUGAGGAUGAGAGUUAUAAGCGCUCUGUGACUAGGUUUAAAUUAAUUAAAUAUAAUAAGGAUUUGCAUGAAUCAUUGGUUUUAUGCUCUCCAAUUACUGGAAGAACACAUCAGAUCAGGGCACAUUUGAAAUAUUUGGGAUAUCCAAUUUCAAACGAUCCGUGGUACAAUAAUGAUGAAUUGACAGAUAGUAGCAACUAUUUCAAACCAAUUCCAGCAAUUAAAUGGUCAAUUAACGAGGAUGGUAAUUGGUGUGUUCCGCAACUUAAUUUUAACGAUUCUGGAACUGACAGGGUGAGUGAUGAAGAUGUCAAAUAUCACAUCGGCCUUAAUAACGAAGUAACAAAUGGAUCAACUGAUAGAGUAUGCUCUGGAAUAUUCCUACACUCCUUGAGGUUCAACUGGCUAAAUCACUUUGACGUUAUCGAUUCGCUUCCAAAAUGGGUCAAUGAUUUCAACAUCCCAACCGACCUACACAUUCCAACACUUUAA